UUAUGAUGCGUUUUGUCAAAUUGAGUUGAACUCAGUAGCCGUGUCUCGAAUAGACGAUGAAGCUCUAAAGCAAAUGGAAGUUUCAGAAGGCACAAAUAACAAGCGAAGCACAGUUUGUGACAAUGAUAUUGAUCAGAAUCGUUUUAGUUUACCGUCUGUAACUUCAGAUGUUACAUCUUCUGGGAAAUUAUCUGAACAUAUCGAUUUCAUAGAUCGCUAUUUCACUCAUUACUUUUGCGACAAAACCAAGUUACUCUUUUUACAACAUACCAACGCGUUGAUUUGUGUAGUCACUCUGUCAGACGAGCAUCCUGUGUUGAAAGCAUGCAAAGAUACAGUUAGAAAUGCUGAUUGUGCAGUAAAAGUGUCUUACCAAUUGAGUAAUGGAAUUGACCGAAGCAACCCGAAAGUGUCUGGAAAAGGGAAGAAGGGAGCCAAAGUGGUCGGAAAAGACGAGUUAUUGUGCGAAGUGACAAUCGGAGAGACACUGCACCCAAUUAUGUGCUCUCUAUCUGGGUCGGUUAUUGAGGUAAAUGAAAAGCUUGUUGAAAAUCCGGAAUUGCUCUGGACAGAUCCAAGAGGUAGAGGAUACAUAGCAGUGUUGAUGCUAAAGAGGCCAAGACAUGGAAAGAGUUUUCUAGAGUCGACCUUCAAGAAUAUGCAGUUGGUGCAUAAGUCGCCGGAAGAGAUUUCGGAAGAAGCGGAGAUCGAGAUCACUAUCUCGGAUAAUUCAACCUCACAGGAAACAUCCUCAAAUCGAACAGGAACAGUGACGCCCCUUGAGUAGCUGCGAUGCCUGAAGAUGAAGGUUGCUCGACUACGGUGCAGACUUUAACUGUGCAAUCUUCUUCGUCGUCGUCCUCGGGAAACGCAACUUACACAACCGGUAGAAACCUCGGGUCUACAUUUGUUCCAAGUUAUACAUCCACGUACAGUAGCACGUACUACGAUACCUAUACAUCGAAUACGAGUAGUGUCUAUUCGAGUACAACUACAGAUUCGACAAGUGACUCGGUGACAGGUGUCGGAAUCAGUUUGGACGCCACGACAGUGACGGAGUCUAGUUGGUUCGACACGACGACAUCGUCUUCGACUACUGUGGCUGUCAGUUCGACAUCAACAGAAGAUGUUACGUCUGUUACUUCGUCGUCAACUACAAGUGACCAGGCGACAAGUUAUUCGACCGAGGAAGUAACGAGCGAGAAAAGCUCAGUUAAUGUUGUUCCAAAAAUGGUUACGAAGAGGUUUUGAUAUUGUAGAUGGAAAUGAUAUCGUGACUAGACGUGCUAGUUGAUCUGAGAGAUGAUUUUUGUUUUUGUAAAUUUGUUGAUUAUUGAAAGACAUCAAAAGAA